AUGUCAUCUUUUCGCCAUGACCGUUUUUUUAUUGAGUCUUAUCUCAUGAAGAAGGCCGAGUGGCGCUUCGCAUGGGAUAAACGUUUCUUUACACUAGAUGGCAAUCGUUUGGCAUAUCGUCUGGAAAAGGAUGCAGGCGAAAAGAAGUGGGGUACCGUCGCUUCACUGGAUUGUGGUGAUAUUGAAAAGGAUGGAUUGGUAUUUUCCGUCUGGCUGAUUGAAGGACCGUGCUGGACACUCCGCGCGCCUGAACCCAAUAUUUACGAAGAAUGGCUGAAGUGCCUCUUGGGGUCACUUAAGCUGGCUUUCACAGUGCUACCCUUUGUGAAGCCGCUUGGGUCGAAUACCAACCUUCUUACUGUACUUCCCAAUGCAGCACCAAUUGUUGACGAAGAGAGCUUUAGGGAGAACAAGGCUUCCAUGAGAAAUGACAUCGACAAAGUGAGGAAUAUUUGCCCUAAUGAUACUGAUAACCACUCGAAUGAGGAUAAUGAAUCAAGUCUGCUUUCCACAGCGUAUAUGAAUACGGAAGUUCACCCGAAAAUAGAUCAGAGAGUAGACACAAACUGGGGGAAGGUUCUGCUUCAGGCAACCGUUCGCAAGCAGAUGGAAUGGACCGGUAAGUGGAAGACGCGUUAUCUUUCCCUCACCGAUCGCUAUUUUCUUUCCUACAGCAUGGAAGCAAACGGCGCGGUGCGAAUGCGUGCCACCGUCAUUGCGUUCGAUCGCCUUGAGCAGAAUUCUGUCGAAAAGUCCUCUGACGCCAAUUGCUUUGCGUUAUUUACUCUAAGUUCGGAGAAGGCGUUUUGGGUGCGGUUUAGCACCCCGGAUGUGUGCACGGAGUGGUACCAAACCAUCCACGCCAUCCUCCGCUCCCGCUUCUCCUGGCAGUGGAUACCGUUGCACCCGAAUUGGUCGUCUUCGCUGUACUUCUCCCUCGACUCCUCGACCGCCCUGAUCACGUACGCCGAGCGGAUGCGAAAUUCCAGCGACCUCCGGGUGCAUCACCACUGCGCGGUAGUGGCGCCGGAGCCAGGCGGGGUGGGCACCGCUCUGUACCUUUUUGGGGGCAGUCGGCAGUGGUGCCGGAACACCUUCCGGCUGGCCUCCCACAGCAUUCUCCCCGACACCCCCGACGCCGCUGUCUCCGACGGCCUGUACUACCUCUCCUUUUCCGCUACCUACCCUGUCUUUCGGCUUCACUUGGCCCCGUUUGAGGAGCGCCCGCAUGUGAAGUCGAUGCCCGCCGCGCAGUUCGGCGCGACCUUAACUGCUCUGACCCCCUCGCCUUUACAAGGAGGGGGGCUGCGGCUUUUGCUGUUGGGGGGCGUCAACGCCUGCGGGGCGGGGUUACCCCACACGGAGGCCUGGCUGGCGGGGCUUCCCCUUCGGGAAGGGACCGCGGCGCCGUCCUGGGAGCGGGUGGACCUGCCGCCGUACGAACUCCCCGUCCUUGCUUUCCACGACGCUCUGCUGUUGGAUAUGGGGAAUGGAAAUAAUCGAGAGGGAGGGGCUGCUCCCCACUACGUGCUCAUUACGGGUGGUCUAGACUUGGAAUCCAACUGCCGCUCGGAGUGCUACAUUUUGGAGUGCCGUUUUGGGGACCCGGCGGAAGGGCCAACCAAUCCACAUAAUCUUAGCCAUAUGCCCUGCUCGUUGCGGACUCAUUUUUUAUGUUUUCUGCCAGCCCCCCGCAGCUUCCACCGCUCUCUGGCUCUGAGCGACGGGACGGUGGUGCUGGUAGGCGGGAGGGGCAUCGCGAACAACGACGUCGUCCCGUUGCUCACAUUGCCUGCUGAGGACCUUCUCGAGUAUGGGGAGUGCCGGCGCUGCCCUGAAAUACUUGAUCCGGUCGGCCCUUCCUCACGAUGGAAGCAGGUGAGAUGGGAUUCCGUGCAGGGCGCGCUGCCGCCUUUGCCAGACGUUGCCGUGGCGUUGUUACCCCCUGGCAGAGUCUAUGGCCCCCCUUCCUUGGAACCUGCAGAACGGAUUGCGGUCAUGGCGCAGCUCACCACACCCUGCUGUAAAGUUCGUUUUUUUAUUGUUUAUCUUCAAAAGCGGGUUCCCUCUUCAAAUGGCGGAGGCGAGUGGAUGCUUCCACAUAAAUACUGCGCAAAAUGGGUGGAAAUCUCACUGCGGGUAGGUGCCGUACCGCGGCAGCUGGGCGGCACCACUAUUCACGUUUAUCAAGACUACCUCUACGUGCUUGGAUGUGUUGAAAACACUGUCCAAUCCUUAGAAGAAUCUGAGAAUGAACAAAAACCUAGCGGGAUGAUACGCAUUCCUAUUGGAAAUAUGUAGCUCAGAACCCCUUUUGUAAAGUGCAUAUAUUUAUAUAUUUUUACGCAUAAAAUACACAUUGAAAAAUGUCAUGUACUUUUUUCUAUAACCUGAGAAGCGAGCAAUUCUUUCUUGUAUAUUAAAAAUAACAAAAACUUUUCUACCUGCCUUUCUUUCACUAUUAAGCUUUACUUUUUAGUAUAUUCCUCACGGUGUGCAUCGUGUGUCUUGAAUUACUAUCGGUGUUGAUCUUACGAGUUGCGAGUUUGCUAUUUUUUUAUCAGUCAUAAUCUAAAAA